AAAAAAUUCCUCUUCCUCUCUCCUCCCAAACGCAAACCCUAAGAUGCGGUAAUCUCAACUUCAAAUCGAAGGUGAUCCUUCGAUCCCCUCCUCUCCCCCUUAGGUUUUGGCCUCCAAUGGGGUCGUCUUGGUGGAGUUCUUCGUGCCCUGGUGCGGCCAUUCCCAAGCUCUAGCUCCCACGUGGGAGCGCACCGUCACCGUCCUCAAAGACGUCGCGACCGUCGCCGCCCUCGACGCCGACGCUCACCAAUCGCUCGCUCAGAGUUGGAGAAAAGAGCACCUAUAAGUAAGGGCCUGGGAGGACAACGAGAAGACCAAAGCCGAGAAUAAAUUAAAUUUUCGAUCAAGAAAGAAACAUGAGAAGGCGCCCAGGAAUCGCCGGUCUACAAAGUGCCGCAGCUGCUAGGGAUCAAUAUCGUCUUGUUGGGGAAAAUGUUGCCAAGAUUAGAGCAGAUCUCAUGAAGGAGCAGCUCGCCACUUUUCGAUCUCAUUUAGAAGAAUUUGCUCGCAAACAUAAGAAUGACAUACGUAAAAACCCUACGUUCAGGGCGCAAUUCCAUGAGAUGUGUGCGAAAGUUGGCGUGGAUCCCUUGGCUUCUAAUAAGGGAGUAUGGGCGGAGCUUUUAGGGAUUGGUGACUUCUACUACGAGCUCGGAGUUCAGAUUGUCGACAUAUGCAUGGCAACCAGAUCGCACAAUGGUGGUUUGAUAAACUUGCAGGAGCUAUGCAGUCUGCUUGCUCAAAAGCGAAAAACUGCUCGUGAAGCAGUAUCUGAAGAUGAUUGUUUGCGUGCCAUAAGUAAGCUAAAGGUUCUUGGUAGUGGUUUUGAAGUUAUUUCAAUUGGCAAGAGAAAACUAGUGCGGUCAGUUCCUACUGAGUUGAACAAAGACCAUAAUGAAAUUCUGGAAGUGGCUCAGGUCCAAGGCUAUGUAACGGUAGAACAGGUCCAGAAGGCACUCUCAUGGUCCUCAGGCCGUGCGACUGAUGCCCUCGAAACUUUAUUAAAAGAAGGCCUUGCUAUGAUUGAUGAUGGCCAUCGAGAUGGAAAACGUAGGUAUUGGUUCCCCUGUGUUGCUCCCAUUUCUGUUGCUGUCGAUCUCAUGGCUUGAAAAGUUAUAAGUGUUCGAUCCAUCUAAUUGGAUAUCCUUGCACAUCUAUUUCUCAUGAGAUCAAACAGAAGAUCGCUGCGAACACAUGUAUAGAAAUAAAUACAUGAGCUUAUCGAAGCCUUUACUUGGUAAAAUCGAGAAACUUGUGGAUCCAAAGUAGUUUUGAAUUACAUGUCUUGCAAUAUUCUUAUAAAGUUUUUAAAUGCAGAAAUUUAUUUCUUCUGUUGUAAUGCAAAAAAAAAAAGCAACAAAAAUCGAAGACAGAUUCACCUCAUUCCUUCAAUCCUCAUGCUUGUCCAUGAAACUUGGGUUUUGUGAGUGUGUUUUGAAUCCUCAUAAAAUUAUGUGCCUAACAUACAAUCAAAUGAGUUGUGUAAUUAGUAACUUUCAUUGAGGAGAGGGAUCUAUUUAACUAUUUGAUGAAGUUUAGGGAGUU